AUGAAAUUAGGAUAUAAUGAAAUAAUGAUAACAUCAAUGUAUUUUAAUGAUAUUAAAGAUUUUAUUAAUUUAGAAAUAGGAAUUAAAAGAUUUCAAGGAAAUAUAGAACGAUUUCAUUUUAAUCCAAUUCCAUUAAAUGAAUAUUCAAGAAAAUUGUUUCCUAAUAUUGAAACAUUUCAUAUUUAUAAUAGAGGUGAUGAAAUAUUUAAUGAUGGAAGAAUAUUUAAAAAAGUAAUAUGGUAUUUAGUAAGUUAUUCAAAAUAUUUACAAGAGAAAGAAGCAUGGAAUGAAUGUAAAAAUAUAAAAUAUACAGAAUCAGAUAGAAAGAAAUAUGGAAAUACAAUACCACCAGAAGUUAAAUCACUUGAAUAUAAUUGUUUUUCUGAAUGUUCAUCAUUAAAAUCAAUUAAUAUACCAUCAUCAAUUACAUCAAUAGGAGAUCGUUGUUUUUAUAGAUGUAAAUCAUUAAAAUCAAUUAAUAUACCUUCAUCAGUUAUAUCAUUUGAAACUAAUUGUUUUAAAGGAUGUUCAUCAUUAACAUCAAUGAAUAUAGAUAAUCUACAUUUAUUAGUCAAGAAAGAAUAUUUAUGA